AUGGUCCUGCUGUUGACAUUCACCAGACUCAUCACUCUCUGGCAAGCACUUUGGUUCUUCAUUACUGAGAUGGACCGCGUCAGAAACGGAUUGCCCAUUACCGCUCUAGAAUUGACGGCGCUAUCCUUCACUUUCGCCAUGGUUGCGACAUUUAUUUGCUGGUACCCAAAACCGGCGAUUUCCUAUCCCCGAUACAUCGAAACCAAGGUCUCAGACGAGGAGCAAGUGACUUUGGACCAGAUUCGAAGCUUUGCCAGAUCCCACCAUGGCACCGUACACCACUCGACGACAUCACUCCUCGCAUUUUCCGCAUAG